AGAAUUUAAUUAUUUUUGUAAAAUUAAUUGCAAGUAAAAUUAAACUUAAAACAUUAUUGCCGUAAAUACUGAUUUUUACAAAACAUAGUCAUAACAAUGAAUAACACUGAAAAAGUACUUAUAUUAUUAUGCAAGCAAAUUCAUCUAUGCACCAAUGUGAUUAUCACAAUUGAUGAUUUAAAUUCACUUAAAUCUAGUAACGCAACAUUAGAUACUGUAGAAAAUUUUUGGACGAUUUUGAAUAUUUUAAGUCAACAUGCAGUUCAAGAAAAAAAUUCUACUGUUAAUUUCAAUAUUUAUGAUAAAGUCACUGCUACAAAAUUAUAUUUUGGCUAUUUAAAGUAUUCUGAUAUUGAAUUUUUUUCUUUGUCAGCAAACAAUAAUAAAAAUUCAGUGUUAUUGUUAAUAGCGUUUUCUUGGUUACUUGUUCGACAUAAUGUUAUAGAUUCAUUAAUCAAAGAUAAAAUUGUUAAGCAAACUUUUAAUGAUGAACUUAUUAGUAAAAAUAAUCAUCCAGUCUACGAACAAAAUGAUAGUAAGAUACAAAAUAAUCAAUCACCAUCAGACAAAAUUAAUGAAUCUAAUGUGAUUAUAAGAAAAAUGAUGCAAAUUAAUUAUAAUUUAAAAGAUAUAACUGAAUUGAUAAACGAAAAGUGUCGUUUGCUAAAGAAAAUUCAUUGUGAAACGUCCAAUAUUUUCAAUCUCUCUCAUUUAAGUUUGUCAGAAUUGAUCUUAAUGAAAAAUUAUUACAAAAUAAAUCGAAAAUAUUGUAAGGCAGAUUUACAGUAUAUAGAAAAGUUGAAUAAUACUACAUUGUUGAUUGAUUUAUAUGAAAAAUGGAGUAAAAAUAAUCACAUCUUCUUGAAAUGGAUGAUUAAUAUUAUUGAAGAGUGCAAAAGUAAGAGUACAAUAGCCAUUGAUAAUGAAGAGUUAUUUAAAUACAUUUCAACAGUACGAUAUUUGAACGGAAAUAAAAUUUACUCACUUGAAACAAAUAAUAUUAUCAAUAAUAAUAUAUUUAACAAUUUAAUAUUGUCAAAUUCUUGUCAAACUUCUAGAAUUAAAUCGUUUACUAAACAAUUGAAUCCUAAAAUUUUCCAAGAAUUGACAAAAACACAAAUAGAGCUAUCAAAAAAAAUAGAAAGGAUUGAUACAAGUAUGCAGACUAUCAUAAACUCUGUUCCUCAUUGUAUACAAAUAUAAUAUGUUAGAUUUUUAUUAACUAAAUAUAGUCUUUUGCAGUGUGAAUUAUAAGAUUAGUAGCGCUGUUUAUAUUAAG